AUGACGAAAGAGAGAAAUUUAGCUACUGGUGCAUAUGUAUUACUUGUGGUUGUGAAAGAAUGUAAGAACUGGGCAUUGGCUAUUUGUGAUUUUGUCAGAAAUCCUGGGGAAGAUAUGCAGAACGCACAAACGAAUGAAGCUAGACUGAUCGAGAAAAUUGUUGCUGAUGUUCUUAGUGAAGCAAAGCCAAUAAAUUUAAAUGUAAUCUUUGAGAACCUAGUUGGACUAGAUUCACGCAUUGAGGAAAUAGUUUCACUACUUAGCUUGGAAUCAAAUGAUGUAAUCUUUUUUGGCAUAUACGGCAUUGGUGGAAUAGGGAAAACGACUACAGCCAAAGUCGUUUUUAAUAAAAUUGUGCACAAAUUUGAGGCCAGCUACUUUGCAGAAAACGUCAAAAAUGUUGCUAAGAAAGAUGGUCUAGAUUUUAUACAAAAUCAGCACAUUUCAGAAAUUAAGAAUAGGGAAGUAAACCUUGAUAAUGCUAAUCAAGAAAGUGCUUUGAUGAAGGAAAGAUUUUGGCCUAAAAGGGUCCUAAUUGUCCUAGAUGAUGUGGAUAAUAUCAAACAAAUAAAGAUUUUAACUGGACAAUGA